AUGGCGGCUUGGCCGGAGAUACAGAGUGUUAUUAAAGAUAAUAGGUAUGAAUUGAUAUUAUCUGGAAAUUCUGUUUCUGACAGAAUAAAAAAAAAUAAUUUGAGUGACGAGUUAUUUUCAUGUAAAAGCUUAAACUUUCUUCAAAUAUCUGACACAUGUCUCCAUGAAAUUUCGCCGAAAAUCAAAAUGCUUGAUAACCUCACUUCUUUAGUUUUACAUUCGAAUAAUUUGAGUAAAUUAUGUCCAGAAAUCGGUUGUUUAAUCAAAUUAAAGUUUUUGAAUGUAUCGAACAAUAAUAUCGAAGAAUUACCUUCCGCAAUAGGAAAAUUACAAGCACUGACUUCGUUAAAUGUUAGCUCUAAUAAAAUUUCUGAAAUUCCGGACUUGACUAAUAAUACACAGUUAAGCACAGUAGAUUUUUCUCACAAUACUUUGACUGAAAUGACGCAAUUAUGUAAUAAUCAGUUGAUUCGGCUGUCUGAAAUACAUUUAAAAAAAAACUACAUUAAAGUGAUACCACCAGAAAUUAACGUUUUAACGGCGUUGAAAUUUUUGGAUGUAAGCAGCAAUGAAAUAACCCAAGCCACCGGAGAGCUAACAGACAUUUCUAAAUUGAAAGAUGUCAAUUUACAAGGAAAUCCUUUAUCCGACAAAAGGCUUGCCAAAUUAGUGAUUCAGGGUAAAUCAAAACCAAUAUUAGAUUACAUAAAAGAACAUGGUGUUAGAAACAGUGAAAAAGAUGAAAAUGCCAAAGGGAAAAAGGGCAGAGUUAGAAGAAAAACAAAAAACAGCGAAGGAGAAAAUCUUGAACAAAGUAUUUCUUGCAAGUACAAAUUAAAAAUAGUCAAGUCUGAUGAUCCAUGCAUUGUAAAACAGGCAAAAUUUGCCAAAGAAGUCAGACCGCAUUUUUUAGCAUGUGUCGUUAAAAACAUAUCGUGGGAUUUGGAAACUGUUAAAAAAUUUUUACAACUUCAAAACAAAAUGCACGAUGGUAUUUGCGACAAGAGAAAUUUUGCCACUAUCGCAACACAUGAUCUUUCUUUGUGCAAAGGUAGAAAUUUCCUUUACACUGCUCUCUCUCCUGAAGGAUUUAAAAUCAUACCCCUGUCGAGAAAUAAAGAAUUCACCGGAAAAGAAUUAUUUCUUCAAUUGCAACAAGAAGCAGAAGCUUUGAGAAAGGAAAAAAAGAGAAACACAUAUUCGGGGAUUCAUAAAUAUCUGUAUCUUUUAGAGGACAAACCGUUGUAUCCUUGUUUAUUGAAUUCGGAAAACACGGUGAUUAGUUUUCCUCCUCUAACAAACUCCGAUUCGACCAAGGAAUUAUUAAUUGAAGUCACGUCAUCGAAAUCUCAAAGCAAUUGCAAAAAAGUUUUAGAUUCCCUAUUGAAACAAAUGUUACAAAGUGGAAUCGCCACGACGUUCGACGAAGAAUGUUUCACUAUGACGGUCGAACCCGUACGCGUGGAAGAUCCCGAAGGAACUUUGAUCGUUUCUUAUCCAUCGAAAAUCGAUUUAGAAUUCGAAGAUGACACGAUUCAAAUAAUCAGAACAACUUGA